AAAAUAGUUAAUCAUCGAAAUAAGUGUUCGCCAAAUGUCAGAAGCAGCUUGUCUUUACAAAUUCUUGGAAUGCAAACACACUUCACAUGGUUAAAUAUUCUGAACAUUCGAAAUUAUCGAAUGCAACCACAAUAUUAAUUCUUAAUUAUAAAUUGUGUGAUAAAUUCAGUCUUUGAUCAGACGGUGAAUAAAUAAAAACAAACUUAUUGAGUAUAUAAUAAUUGUACACUUUUAUAGAUUUCCCAUACAACGUUCUAUCAUUCACGGGCCCACACUCAACUUGAGCUUAUCAAACUAGCCGUCAUCUAUUUUAUUUUUUAUGUUCUCUUUCAUUUUUCGUUUGGUGUUUCGAAAUUUCCAAAAGCAAUUAGAUCAGAGCAUAUGGUAUAACUUAACGGUUUGUAAGUUAGUGGGCAACUCUUUUUUUUUCUUCAAUACAUACAGUGUAGAGUUCUGAUAGUGGCCAAUACAAAGGAUGUGACAAUAAAGUGCUUUCGUAAGCAACGCGCUGGAUGGAAUAUAUGUGUACUGUGUAAUAAAAACAUUUACAUUUUUCCAAAGAUUGAAUUGUGAGGUGAAGUGAAAAGGACGGUUUUGAGCCAGAGAGAGUAAAUAGUUUGAUGGACAGCAAACGGCAUUGCAUUGACAUGAAUAUUGUACAAACAAAAUGAAUGUUGCGCCAAAUUAAAAAGACAACAAGAGUGAGCGAAAAAGAAUGAAUAGAACAACAACAAAAAACUGAACUAGAAGUGAGGACGCAAUACAGUGUGCAGAAAAUCAAUCGAAAAAAUUAAAUUAUUGAUCAAGAAAAUAGUAUGAAAUUUGCGUCGGCUAUUAAGGUAUAUUGAGCGAUACGGAUAAUCGUGACUUCAAAAAAAAAAAACGGUGAAACGGAUAGCAAACGACGACGACGACGACGACGGCCACGACGCCGUCUGUCCAUCUGUGCGGAAUUUUGAAUGAGCGCGGGUUUUUGUGUGCAUAUUAUGAAAUGUACUAUUGUAAACUAAAAUAAAGUGCAUGUCACAUUUGGCUAGCUUUUUUAUCAUUUCUUUUUUGUUUCUCUUGUAUUUUUCAUUUCGCGGUCGUUUAGAAAGUUUACCGUUUGAAGUAGAGAGAAAAAAAACGAUAAUUUUGUUUAGUUUAUUUGAAUAAUAAAAGCCCAAAAUGGUUCUCAUAAAAUUCGGCGAUAAACAAAACACAAAGUGACGUUGGUGCAUCAAAUUAAAAAAAACACACUAUCACCAACAAUAAACUAAAAAAACCGAUGUUAAUCAAUAGAUUCGAAUGAAUUUUAUGUGACAGUCAAAAUUGGUGAGACACAAAGCGAGCAAAAUGAGUGACGAUAAUCAAGAGAUUCGAGAAAAAUUGUUCGUUCGUUAUAAAAGUGAAACGUUUGAUUUAACACAAUUUGCGCAUAAACAUCCGGGCGGCAAAAAUACUCUAAGUGCAGCCUUCAAUUCAGAUAUUGAUUAUAAGUUUGAAACAGCAAUGCCUCAUUCGCAAGCCGCCAAAUACUUAUUGAAAGAAUAUCGUGUAUCAAAUCAAAUCAACAACAAUAAUAAUAAUGAUGACGUCGUCCGCGAUGGCAAUAAAUGCGAUAGUGAAAUGUCGAACAGCAAACAAAGCAGUCAUGGUGAAACUUUUGAACACAACUCAAAUGGGCGUAACAAUGUUGAACAUCUUAUAAGAACUGACGAUAGCAUGGAGCACUUGGUUGAUUGGUCACGUGGUAUGAUAGCACAAAUUGGUAGCCUUGGUUCAAACUAUACCGAAUGGGUGAAUAAGCCUGUUGAUCGACCGCUACAUUUAUUCGACACAAAUCUAUUAGAAAUGCUAACGAAAACACCAUGGUGGCUGGUGCCGACGUUUUGGAUUCCAAUAAUCAUAUUCCUGAUAAGUAUGGGCAUUGAUGACGCAUACACUAAACAAUAUGGCAAUGGAUUCAUUGUGUGGCAAUUGAUUCUCGGCGUAUUUUUAUGGACGCUAAUAGAAUAUUCGCUUCAUCGAUGGGUUUUUCAUUUGGAUGCAUCGAAUCACGGUGGCCUUGUGUGCACCCUUCAUUUUUUGUUACACGGUCUACAUCAUAAGGUGCCUUUCGAUCCGUAUCGUUUGGUUUUUCCACCAUUUCCGGCAACAAUUUUAGCAAUCAUUAUCUAUAUACCCAUUCAAAUUUUGCUACACAAUCCAAAAUUAGUAUUUGCCGGCGGAUUAACGGGUUAUUUAUGCUAUGACAUGAUGCAUUAUUAUAUUCAUCAUGGUUCUCCGUCGGGUGGUCAUCUGUACUUUAUGAAGCGCUAUCAUUAUCAGCACCAUUUUGUGCAUCAUGACAAAGGAUUUGGCAUUAGUAGUUCAAUAUGGGAUGAGGCAUUUGAUACAAAAAUCAUUCUAAGAAAACUAAAAUACCUCCUCAAAUGGUAGAAUCACGUUCCUUUCGUCCGAAUCUUUUACCUAGCUCAUAUGUUCCGCAACAACUGCAGUUAACUUAAACUUCUUCUUUUCUUUUCGUAUACAGAAAGAAAACGUUACAUUUAUUUGCAUUUAGAUUUAUUAUUCAUUUUUUUUCGACGUCUUUGUGUUAAACAAAGGUCCGCAACCAUAUAAAUAAGCAGACAACAACACCAAGGAAAAUCUGCAAUAAAAAUAAAGCGACGCAAAUUGCCGGCUAGGUAUGCCAUCUGCUUAUUCAUGUUAAAUGCCGAUCUUUUGGUGUUAAUAAUAAUCUUAAACAUUAAAAAUUCAGGUUAUUAACAAUAUAAUAAUGAGUGAGAAAAUGCUUUUUACACCGUUUCUAAGUACUGUUUGUGUUUUUCUCUUGUCAUAAGUACAACCGUUUGUUAAAUAUAAGAAA